AUGACGGUCUCCUACUCUCUGGAAGUUGCCGACGCCAAGUUCGGAGGCUUCUGUAAGCUCCUGCUGCGGUGGAAGGGCAGCAUCUACAAGCUGCUGUACAGAGACUUCCUGCUCUUCUGCGCAGUCUACCUCUUCUUCAGUGUGUUCUACAGGUUCGUCCUCACGCCGAGGCAGCAGGAUCUCUUCGAGAGAAUCGCCCUCUACUGCGACCAAUUCACCAACACCAACUUCAUCCCAGUGCUCUUCGUCCUGGGCUUCUACGUGACCUUGGCCUUCAACCGCUGGUGGGGUCAGUACACCAGCUUCCCGCUGCCCGACAACCUGAUGAUGGUGGUGUCCGGGAACGUCCACGGCGCGGACGAGAGAGGGCGGCUGCUGCGGCGCACCCUCAUGAGAUACGCCAACCUCUCGUCGGUCCUCAUCCUUCGCUCCAUCAGCACCAGGGUUCACAAGAGGUUCCCCACUCUGGAGCACGUGGUGGACGCAGGGUUCAUGACCUCAGACGAGCUGAAGAAGUUCGACUCCCUCCACUCGGACUUCAACAAAUACUGGAUGCCUCUGACAUGGUUUUCAAAUCUGGCCUCGCGAGCGAGAGAAGAGGGUCGCGUGAGGGACGACAUCGCUCUGAGACUCCUGAUGGAUGAGCUGAACAACUACAGAGCCAAGUGCAGCCUGCUGUUCCACUACGACUGGAUCAGCAUCCCGCUGGUCUACACGCAGGUGGUCACCAUCGCUGUGUACACUUUCUUCGCCUUCUGCGUGAUCGGACGUCAGUUCCUGAACCCGGAAAAGGGCUACAAGGACCACAAACUGGACCUGUACGUGCCAGUCUUCACCCUGCUGCAGUUCUUCUUCUACAGUGGCUGGCUCAAGGUGGGCGAGCUCAUCAUCAAUCCGUUCGGUGAGGACGAUGAUGAUUUUGAGACAAACCAGCUGAUUGACAGGAACAUCCAGGUCUCCAUGCUGGCGGUGGACGACAUGUACCAGAACCUGGCUCCCCUGGUGAGGGACAAGCACUGGGCCCAGAGACACUUCUCUGUCCCCUACACAGUGUCCACUGCGGCAGAGAGCCACAGGCCAGCGUUUAUAGGCUCCACUUUCGACAUGAGAUCGAGUGUAGAGGACUUGGAAAUUCACUGGCAGACAGAAUCUUCCGCCAAGAACGGAGCUGUGGGCGACGGAGUCAACGGUUUCCUGCAGAAAGGUCGAGGGUUCCUGCAGCGCCUCAGCCUCCCAUCGGUGCUGGACGUCUCACCAACCCUUGAGGAGGAGGAUGAGCCGCCUGAGAGAGAAGAGCAUCACAAGCUCACCAUCCGAGUGACGGAAGAACCUCUUCAUUAG